CGGUGCUGCUUUGGUAUGAGCGGCGAUAGCUACGAGAUUACGAUGAUGUGAGACUUUUGGCCCAAAUUAAACAAGGACAGAGUGCGGAGGGCUUACAAAAGUUGCUGGCGCGAUGGGAAACUAAAAUAUAACCCUAAGGAUUUAAUUUGAUUUGUUUCGCCGUGUUGGAUUGAGCCUCUUUUGCUCGCAGUAGGCCGCAGAAUCCUCGGAUUGGAUUUUUUUCGCGAGCGCCAGAGGACAGCCAAGCUAUCUGGCAAGUAGCUUGGAGCCCCAUUUAACUGCGUGAUGUGCCAAUAUUCAUUUCGCUAUAUUUUUCAUUAUAUUAACUAAAACAUUUUCUCGCUGCUCCCUCACGCACAAUUUCUCGCGAUAGUCCAUGGAAGGCCACAGAAGCCUCGACCUGGGUUAAUUUCGUUAGCCUGGAGGACACCCAUAACUAACUGGAAAGUCGUUUUAAACCAGUUUAUGAACAUUAAACCGUAUGUCGUGCUAAACAUUUCGGAGCUGCAAUAUUUAUCUUCACGCAAGAGUAUAUUUUUUUCCGACGCGGUUGAAAGCUCCGCGAUGAAGCCAGCUCGCUCGAGCAAUGAAUGAAUGAGGUCGGGGGAGGGGGUGUGUGUGUGAUAAGAACCACCCGCUUGCUCCAUAACGUCACUUUUAAUUGAAAGAGUCGUCUUCCUCAUCUUCAUCGGCCUAUUGUGGGGCCGCUAAUUCGGGACUUGUUGGCCGCUGCUUCCCCGCGCAAGUGGCAGAGGAAUGCCGACGCUUGGAGUUGGCGGACGGCUGCUGUUUAGCAUGACGAGCUAAUGGAAUGCUAACAUUGAGCCCUGCUGGAAGAGAGCGGGGCGCCCGGCCGGAAGCAACUAAGCGUACAAGCAUUCGGACUACAUUGGGACACUGAGCUCACACAGCCUGGCCCGGUAUGGGGAACACGGUGUCGUGCUGUGUCUCCCCGGAGUCAAGCCCCAAGCUGCCGUCCAGGCAGCCGGCGGAGCGGCUGGAGGAGUUUCUAACCAGUACGGAAGUCAGCGAUGACAACAGCGCCCCGUACCUGCAGCACAUCAGCGACAGAGAAAUUCCUGACGAGCUGGCUUUAGAGUCCAACCCAUCGGACCAUGCUCGAGUCAGCACCAUCUUCCUGUGCAAGUCCCAGACGGACGUGCGUGACAGAAGGAAAAGCAAUCACAUCAAUCACAUCAGUCAUGUGUCUCCUGGGCCGCUGUCCAAGAAGUACAGCUCAUGCUCCACCAUCUUCAUUGACGACAGUACUGUCAGCCAGCCCAACCUCAAAAGCACAAUCAAAUGUGUCACUUUAGCAAUCUACUACCACAUCAAGAACAGGGACUCCGACCGCUCUCUGGACAUCUUUGACGAAAAGCUGCAUCCUCUAUCGAGAGAGGCGGUGCCAGACGAGUACGGCUGCAUGGACCCUGAGCACAAAGUCAUCUAUCGUUUCGUCAGGACGCUCUUCAGUGCUGCACAACUCACUGCCGAAUGUGCCAUUGUCACGCUUGUGUACCUCGAGCGCCUGCUGACGUACGCCGAGCUGGACAUUUGUCCCUCCAACUGGAAGCGCAUUGUGCUCGGAGCCAUCCUUCUGGCCUCCAAAGUCUGGGACGACCAGGCCGUUUGGAACGUAGACUACUGCCAGAUCCUCAAGGACAUCACCGUAGAAGACAUGAACGAGAUGGAGCGCCACUUCCUGGAGCUGCUCCAGUUCAACAUCAACGUGCCGGCCAGCGUUUACGCCAAAUACUACUUUGACCUGAGGCAGCUGGCCGACGACAACAACCUCAGCUUCCCACUGGAGCCGCUCAACAACCAGCGGGCGCAAAAGCUCGAGGCCAUCUCCAGACUGUGCGAGGACAAGUAUAAAGAUCUGAGUCGGGCGGCCAUGAGGCGGUCGCUCAGCGCCGACAACCUCAUCGGCAUACGAUGCUCCAACGCCAUACUCUCGUAAGACCACCAGAUAACCCCCCCCCCCCUCCACGUCAACAUUACUGCUGCCAACCCCGGUUUAACGCAAUUAUUUUUUAUACCUUCUAUUUAUGCGCAACUCACCCUGGUCGCAUGGGCGCCACUCUAAUGCCGUAUAGUCAUUACAAAACAGCAUCUUGUUGGGAAAACUAAAAGUCCACCUUUCCACAUCAUGGAAGAUCAGGAUUGACAGUAUUGUAACCCCGCUGUCCCAAAUAUCGUUCUCCAUUCCCAGUGAACAAACUACAAUUACAUUCAUGUAGAGCUACUGAAGGGGACUCGACGGCCAGAGGGAGAAAAAAAAAGUUGGUUUUGCUUACUAUGUAGGCUACUAGCUGUGAAAUGCCAUUUUUAAAUGGAAAACCCAUUUGCAGAUGGAGUAUUUUAAAAUAAACACUAAUCAUGUAUACA